AUGGAAGAGUCAAAAGACCGUAAAGGUGUAAAGCAUGGUGGCGAUGUGAACCUCAAUUGCCGCUUCUACAGAAACCAAUUUCCUAAAAUCGAUGACAUUGUAGUAGUUGAAGUCCAACGUGUAGAAAACGAAGGCGCUUAUGUCUCUUUAUUAGAGUACAAUAAUAUUGAAGGGAUGAUUCCUUUAGGUGAGCUUUCACGCAAGAGAAUCAGAUCGGUGACAAAACUUACCCGAAUCGGCAAAACAGAGUAUGUCACAGUCAUAAGAGUAGAUGAAGCUAAGGGUUAUCUUGAUCUAUCUAAGAAACGAGUGGCUCCUGAAGAAAUUCAAGAAUGCGAAAACAAAUUUAAUAAGUCGAAGACUGUAAAUAGCAUACUACGACAUGUUGCACAAACCACAAAAACAGAUAUAGAGAUUUUAUACGAAACUAUCGGAUGGCCCCUUUAUGAUAAAUAUGAGCAUGCAUAUGACGCUUUUAGGAUGGCUGUUAGUGACUCUAAUUCAGUGCUUGAAGGCUUAGAAAUGACUCAGGAAGUCAAAAAUUCUUUGCUGUCAGUCAUAAGAUCAAGACUAUCUCCACAUCCUAUUAAUAUUAGAGCAGAUUUUGGAGUAACCUGCUUUGAAUAUGAUGGGAUUGAUGCUAUAAAAGAAGCUCUUUCAGCUGGCGCUGCUAUGGCAUCUGACAGAAUUCAAGUAAAAAUCAGACUUAUAGCAGCCCCUGUCUUUGUUCUAGUAGUUACUACAAUUGAUAGGAAUCAAGGGAUGAUUUUAGCAAAUAGUGUGCUUAGGAAAAUCAUGGAAGAAAUCAAAUCAAGAGGCGGAAAUUUUGUAAUGAAAGAAGAGCCCCAUUGUUUAAAUGAUCAAGGCGACUUAGACAUAGAAGAAUAUAUACAGAAGCAGAAUAAUGCUAAACAUAUUGAAGAAGGAGAGGAAGAAAAUGAUGAAGGUAUGGAUGUUGAUAUUGGGGUUGACAUAAAUGCAAUUGAUGCUAAGCAGGAAUUGGAAGAAGAUGUGGACGAAGGAGAAGCUGAAGAAGAAAAAGGGGAAGCUUAA